AAAACUUCAAGACAAACAACUCGGCAACAGGACAAAACUCAAACUGAAACUGAAACACUUCGAUAAACAUUAAAACUCUCUCUCCCUGUGGAUCUGCCAGAAGACAGAGAGAAAGAAAGACGCGAUGGCCGAGGAAUCACCAUCAUCAAGAAAAAGCAACGAAAUCGAACACAAAGUGUAUGCACGUGCGGGUCUCUUAGGUAAUCCCAGCGAUGUUUAUUAUGGCCGCACCAUCUCUUUCAGCCUUGCCAAUUUCUGGGCCACUGUCAGACUGCAGCCCUCUCAUCAUCUCGUCAUCACCCCACAUCCUACUCAUGAUCUUGUCCAGUUCUCAGGCCUUGAUCACCUGGUGAAUCGGUUGCAAAGUGAGGGUUACUAUGGAGGUGUAAGAUUGCUUAUGUCAAUCUGUAAGGUUUUCUACAACUAUUGCAAUGAGAAUAAUAUUGAGCUUAGUAAGGAGAACUUUACUCUGUCGUAUGACACUAACAUUCCUCGCCAGACAGGACUUUCAGGUUCUAGUGCAAUUGUUUGUGCAGCCUUAAACUGCCUUCUUGACUUCUACAAAGUCAGGCAUUUGGUCAAAGUAGAAAUCAGGCCUGAUCUUAUACUAAGUGCAGAGAAAGAACUUGGAAUUAUUGCUGGUCUUCAAGAUCGAGUGGCACAGGUCUACGGGGGCCUUGUUUACAUGGAUUUUAAUAAAGAUCACAUGGAAAAGUUGGGCCAUGGUGUCUACACACCAAUGGAUACCAGUCUUCUCCCACCUCUUCAGCUCAUCUAUGCUGAGAAUCCAAGUGAUUCUGGGAAGGUACAUAGCACAGUUCGGAAAAGGUGGCUUGAGGGUGAUGAGUUUAUUGUAUCAUCAAUGGCGGAAGUUGCAGAUCUAGCUUUACAAGGACAAACUGCAAUACUUGAAAAAGAUUAUUCCAAACUUGCAGACCUGAUGAAUCGCAAUUUUGACCUUCGAAGGAGCAUGUUUGGAGAUGAUGCUCUUGGUUCUUUAAACAUUGAAAUGGUGGAGGUGGCCCGAAGGGUGGGUGCUGCUUCAAAAUUUACAGGUAGUGGAGGAGCUGUGGUUGUAUUCUGCCCUGAUGGGCCUCCACAAGUAAAACUUCUGGAGGAUGCUUGUAAGGAAGCUGGCUUUGUUAUUCAACCUCUGAAAGUUGUUCCUUCAUAUCUGAAUGAAGAUGAUCUCAAAACCCUGUUAGGCUAAGAAAUUUCAGUCUUCACCAGCAGUCUUGGCGAUAUUGUUCUUUGCUCUCAUUAAGAUGAAUUAAAAAAAAAAAAGAAUUCUAUUUUGGGCAGAUAUUAUCUAUAGUUCAUUGAACAACUUGUUGCAAUUUGAAAUGCAAACAGAACUUUCUGCAGCACAGUGGGUCGAAAGAGUUUUACACAAUUUUUAUCCGUUUGAAAUAUUAGCAUUUUACCGACAAUUUAAUUUAA